GCGCCUGAGCCGAAGCCCGGGCGGCUCCUCCCGUGGAGAGCCGAACCGGACCGAGCCGAGCCGAGCCAAGCCGAGCCGGGGGCGCAGAGCGCGGGAGGCGGCGGCGCGGAGCCCAGGCAGCUCCGCUGCUGAUGGGAGCGCUCCGGCCUGGCUGAUGAAGCUGGUACACACACCAUGUCAUCAUGUGUCUCUAGCCAGCCCACCAGCGACCGGGUGGCCUCCCAGGAUGAGCUGGGAGGUGGGGGUGGCAGCCGGGAAGUCCAGAAGCCCUGUGAAGCACUUCGGGGACUCUCAUCCUUAAGCAUCCACUUGGGCAUGGAAUCCUUCAUCGUGGUCACCGAGUGUGAGCCAGGCCGGGGUGUGGACCUCAGCCUGGCCCGAGACCAGCCUCCGGAGGCCGAUGGCCAGGAACUCCCCCUCGAAGCCUCGGACCCCGAGUCCAGGUCCCCGCUUUCUGGUCGCAAGAUGUCCCUGCAGGAGCGGUCCCAGGGCGGACCGGCAUCCAGCAGCAACAGCCUGGACAUGAAUGGACGCUGCAUCUGCCCAUCCCUGUCCUACUCACCAGCCAGCUCCCCACAGUCCUCUCCCCGGAUGCCCCGGCGGCCCACAGUGGAGUCACACCACGUCUCCAUCACCGGUUUGCAGGACUGUGUGCAGCUGAAUCAGUACACCCUGAAGGAUGAAAUUGGGAAGGGCUCCUAUGGUGUUGUCAAGCUGGCCUACAAUGAAAAUGACAAUACUUACUACGCAAUGAAAGUGCUGUCCAAAAAGAAGCUGAUCCGACAGGCUGGCUUCCCACGUCGCCCCCCACCCCGAGGAGCUCGCCCAGCCCCAGGGGGCUGCAUCCAGCCCAGGGGCCCCAUCGAGCAGGUGUACCAGGAGAUUGCCAUCCUCAAGAAGCUGGACCAUCCCAACGUGGUGAAGCUGGUAGAGGUCCUGGAUGACCCCAACGAGGACCAUCUAUACAUGGUGUUUGAGUUGGUGAACCAAGGGCCUGUGAUGGAAGUACCCACCCUCAAGCCACUGUCUGAAGACCAGGCCCGGUUCUACUUCCAGGAUCUGAUCAAAGGCAUCGAGUACUUACACUAUCAGAAGAUCAUCCACCGGGACAUCAAGCCUUCCAACCUCCUGGUGGGGGAAGACGGGCACAUCAAGAUAGCCGACUUCGGUGUAAGCAAUGAGUUCAAGGGCAGCGAUGCCUUGCUGUCUAACACCGUGGGCACACCUGCCUUCAUGGCACCCGAGUCACUCUCAGAGACCCGGAAGAUCUUCUCUGGAAAGGCCUUGGAUGUUUGGGCCAUGGGUGUGACGCUGUACUGCUUUGUCUUUGGCCAGUGCCCUUUCAUGGAUGAACGAAUCAUGUGUUUGCACAGUAAGAUCAAGAGUCAAGUCCUGGAGUUUCCCGACCAGCCCGAUAUAGCCGAAGACUUGAAAGAUCUGAUCACCCGGAUGUUGGACAAGAAUCCAGAGUCCAGGAUUGUGGUGCCUGAAAUCAAGCUGCACCCUUGGGUCACGAGGCACGGGGCGGAGCCAUUGCCGUCGGAGGACGAGAACUGCACACUGGUCGAGGUGACUGAAGAGGAGGUCGAGAAUUCAGUCAAACACAUUCCCAGCCUGGCAACUGUGAUCCUGGUAAAGACCAUGAUUCGGAAGCGCUCUUUUGGGAAUCCAUUUGAAGGUAGCCGACGGGAGGAACGUUCCCUGUCAGCGCCUGGAAACCUGCUCACCAAAAAACCAACCAGGGAGUGGGAGCCCUUGUCUGAGCCCAAGGAAGCAAGGCAGCGAAGACAGCCCCCGGGGCCCAGAGCCGGCCCCUGCGGGGGAGGAGGAAGUGCUCUUGUGAAAGGUGGUCCCUGCGUGGAAAGUUGGGGGGCUCCGGCCCCUGGCUCCCCACCACGCAUGCCUCCACUGCAGCCCGAGGAGGUGAUGGAGCCGGAGUAGCUGCGUGGACCACCUGACCUCGCAUGCCUGGCUGUGUGGCCCUGCACGGGGCUGCUGCACCCUGCGUUUCCAUAGCAGCAUGUCCUACGGAAACCAAGCACGUGUGUAGAGCCUUGACUGUCGUCUCUGGUUAUCUGUUGUUUUUUUUUUUUUUGUUAUUGUUGUUGUUGUUUGUUGUUGUUGUUGUUGCUGUUGUUUUUCUUGUGGUUUUUCUUUUUCUUUUUUUUUCUUUCCCUUUGUCGUCUAAGGGAACAAAGAAAAAAAAAAGGACUUGACUCCAUGUCGUCGACUUUGGCCGCUGGCUGGCCGGACCGGCGGGUGUGAGGAGUUGCAAACCGAAACCAACAUGCAUUUUAGGACAAUUGCUUUUUAAAAUGUUUUUAUGCCAAAAAAAAAAAAAAAAACCAACCCUGCCCCCUCCAUUGUGAAUUCAGAACCAUGUCAGAUGCACCAGGUGAAUGUGUGUGGGGUUUGAGCUGCGUGGAGAAUCACGUGGGGCGACUCCUGCUGGCUGGGGCUACCCUGAGGGGGCGGAUUAGAAGGAUUGGUGUGACCCACCUACAAACCCCAUGCCUGGGCGCCUUCCACGGCCAUGGAAAGACAGGGCUAGCCCUCAGUAGCUGCAGGGAACUUCGAUGUCAUUUAUUUGUAAAUGAGGACUUUUUAAGUGGUAUAUUUUUUUUAAAGGGGUAUAAUUAUAGUCAGGAAAACUACAAGGGCUUGCAGUUGAAAUGCUCAAGGGGUUCUUUGCACCCCUGAACUCGAGCAUUCAGCAGUGGUAGAAGUCUGUCUGGAGGACCGAACACACUUCUUCGCAUCAGCUGCCUCAACUGGGUUUCUGAGAUCGUCAGCUAAAGCUGUAAAUUUGUAAAUUGGCCAAAAAAAAAAAAAAAAAAAAAACCCAACAACUUCAGGGUGGGAUCAAUCAACUCUUAUGUACAUCACAUGGCUUAGGGCUCAAGAGAUGUCUCCAAGAGUCUGACUAGCCAGAACUCUGGAGAGGUUCACAAGCUCCAAAGGCUGGAGCUUCCAGGAUGGUGGCCCUACCCCUCCGUGAGGCUGUGCGAUGGCGACCGAGAGCCCAUGAGACCUGUGCCUGUAUAUUAGCAGCUGCGUUUGUUUAUUGCCUGUGCAUUCUAGAGACUGAAAACUUGCUUUCCUCUUCCAUACUGUCUGGUCGAUAAAAGGAAACAUCAGUUUCCCCAUGGGCCACCUAGGCAAGACUUGUCACUCAUCUUAGGAUCAAAGCUGUAGUGUGACGCACAGUGUCAUCAGGGUGCCAUUGUAGAGCAGAGUUAUCAAAACCCAGAGUGUUCCUCAGGGCAAAGGGCUUUCUUUUUUGUUGUUUUGUUUUGUUUUGUUUUUUUGUUUUUGUUUUUCCUGGAGCCAGAAACCUAGAGAGCAAACAAGAACCUUUUUGACUUUUAGCCAAUAUUGGAAAUUUGGUUGCAGUUUGGGUGUGAUGACCCAGGGACACAGAAGAAAACAGGAAGUUUGGGGGUGGGGGCUUCCAGACUGGUUUCCAGUGCUUUGGUAAUGGCUGUCUUGCCGGUAAAGGGGCCCAGACGACUGCCUUCUGGCCCGUGCGGAGAGCAGGCACUCCUGGCUUCCUUCUGUACUGUUUCUUAAGCUCUUUACCCUGGUCUAGCCGCUAUCCUGCUGUCACAUAAGCAGUUAGGACCCAGGCAGAGACUGCAGUGUGGGGAGGGUCUGUGUGACCAAGGACUUCUUGUCACUUUUCCCUUUUUAAAACACCCCUUCCGGCCACAGCUGGAGUUCAGUUAGCUUGCAGUAAUCACCUUGUGUUUGAAGCCAACAGGUCAGUCCCAGCCCCGUCUUCCUGGACGCUGGCUUGGCUUUGCAGCCUGCCCGAGCAGGGCGGGCGUUAUACAGAGCUCUGCAGAAUUUUUCCUGUGUUUACACAACCCCUCUGGGCAGUGCUGUCGCUUCUCCAGACAGGACGUCUUAGGAUUGUCCGCAAUCAGGCAGCCCCCAGCUGGUCAGGCAGAAGGAAUCUGAGAGGUCCGCAUGGGUAACUUUUUUUCUUAAAGAAACACCAAAGAAAGCUGUGGAAAGGAGUGACACCCCACCCCGCCCCCCUCGCCCUCCCCUAACCCCUGCCCAGCUGCCGUGGAAAGUGUAAGAGGUCCAGCCAUAAACUAGAGCAUUAGAGCACAAAUAAAUGUUUUUCAAAAGUAUCAUUAGUGAGGUGAGGAGCCGGGCACAGUGGCUUUCCUCUGUGGGCAGAUAGGAUGCCCACGAUUCCUUCCGUGGCUGGUUCACCGGUGAUUCGAGUGUAAGCAACUUGGCCUGCGCCUAUGGCCUUGACAGAAGCACAAGCCCUCUCUGUCUUUAUUGCCUCCCCCCAUGCGUCUCACAGGCUCCCAGAAAAACCUUACAGAGCCCCUUGUUCUCCUUGGGGCUGCAGAGGCCACCUCCCAGGGUCUGGCCUUUUGGGGGGGGGGGACCGAAUUCUUAUCCUUGAACCUUUCUAGGCGCUGGUUGACACCAGGUUAGGCCUGCAACUCUCGCCCAUCCUCCAGGGGGCGCACUUUACAUUGCCAACGAGGAACCACACAGCCUCCAUUCGCUCCCAAGGUGCUAGGGAAGAUUGUUGGUUUCUCCAGCUCUGUGGGCUCGAGUUUCCUGGGACUUGGGAUUUUUUAUAUUUGGUGACCAGUGCCCUCCGCUUCUGUUUGAUUCCCCUUGACCUCUCUACUAUGCAUUUCCCCUUUUUAUCAGGUGUAUAAAGUUAAAUACUGUGUAUUUAUCACUUACAAGAACAUGAACUUAAAAAAAGGAUGAGCUUUCGGUUGUUUUUCCACAGGUGGUCAAGCUUCUGUGUAAACUUGAAAUAAACAGACAGCAAAAUGG